GCGAGUCUGCCUUAAAUGGCUGAUUGGCGCUUUCCAUGCUGCUGUCCCUGCUCCUUCCCUCCGGUCGGAGAAGGGAAAGGCGGGAGCGUGCGUUGGUGGGCUGUCGGAACGUCUCACACAAUUCUACUUGUCCAGCCUACCAAGAGGCCAGAAGGCAGAACAUACGCUGAUUAUGAAUCGGUGAAUGAGUGCAUGGAAGGAGUCUGUAAAAUGUAUGAAGAGCAUCUGAAGAGAAUGAAUCCCAACAGUCCAUCCAUUACAUACGAUAUCAGCCAAUUGUUUGACUUCAUUGAUGACUUGGCAGACCUCAGCUGUCUUGUUUACCGUGCUGACACUCAGACAUACCAACCGUACAACAAAGACUGGAUAAAGGAGAAGAUCUACGUCCUCCUUCGCAGGCAGGCCCAGCAAGCAAGCAAAUAAUGGGGGCACCAUCAUCACAUGGGUUUGGGGGAGGGCUUGGACAACAGGUGUGUACAGAGUGUAGUAGUGAACGUUUUGUAUUAUAGUCAUCCUGUUGCCAUCUUGAUAAACUCUUUAGUCAGGACUGAAUGUAUUGCUAGAGAUACAAGGAUUUUGUUGGAUUUGUCUUUUUUUUUUCAGUAUAAAUGGAGAAGAAAGUACAACAUCUUCUGCGGAGAUUUAAUUUGGGUUUUUUUCCUCCAGUUAGCUAAUGGUCCUACUUUAUUUGAACCCUUGGGGCUGUUCACAUUGUACUUCACCACAUUUGCUGUAUUUGCCCUUCUGUGGGCUUUCCAACAUUCAGUUACAUCCUUGAGAUGGUCCUAAUGGGAAAUAAAACUACCCUUUGGUUAAAUUUGA